UGAAAAGGAGAGUGGCAGACCUGCAGCUCUGGAGAAAGUGAGACAGAAAAGAAGCACAGGACACGCGCAGAUAAAAGCUCACUUAACUUUUACUUACAACACACACACUAAGUCAGACAGAGAGGCGAGGAGCGAACCURAAGCUGAGCAGACACUCUUUGUCACACAUCACAUCCCUCUUAUCAGGCUGCAGCAAGAUGUUUCUCUGGAGGCUCCUCGAGGCUGUGUGUUUGUUGUCGGUGUGUGUGUACGCAUCUUUCAUCUAUGACGAUGGCCUCGAUACCAACUACCCAUUUGAGAACGAAAUAACACAGGCGGAGACAACGCAACCCACAGAGAGCUCAGCCCCCUGCAGUUCUGGAGAUCUGACCAAAUGGGACAAACUUUUCUCCAUGCUGGAGAACAGUCAGAUGAGGGAGAACAUGCUGCUGCAGUACACCAGUGACAUUGUCAAGGUGGAGAUGGGAUCACUGCGCGACGAAAUGCUCAAGUUUGUAGCCCAGUACAGUGGGUCCUGUGGGGCUGCAGUGGAGACGGCAGGAAGACAGAUGAACUUGCAGAUGGAGGCUCGUCUCAGAGAAACUCUGGAGCAGCAGAAACAUGGCGACCUGACCUCUGCUGCUAGUGGUAAAUCUGCCGGGGAUCCCGACCAACUGGAGGCCACGCUGCAGCAGCUCCUGACCGCGGCACGUACACAAGCUUCUCGACUCGCUAAGAUGGAGAGCAGCUGCCUCGGCAGCUCCGGAGCUGGGGUGGGCGUGAACACCAAGAGUGGAUUUCACCUCCGAGGGGAUGGUCCCACUGGCCACAGUGAACAAGAGGUGACGUCAGCGGAGGCGGCUUUAGACGACGUGCUGGCAGCCCUGCAGGUGGUGAAGGGAGAACUGGAAGAACUGAAGUCGUCAAGGCAAACAUCCCUACCUGCAGGUUGUGAGAUGGCGCUGCUCUUCCCUAUGCGCUCUCGUCGCAUCUACACCGCCGUCCUCCCAGAUGUCUCUCUGUCCCUGUCCUCCUUCACUGCCUGCAUGUGGGUCAAGCCAACCACCGUCUCCAACAAAACUGUGCUCCUCUCCUACGGAAACCGCCGGAACCCAUACGAGAUCCAGCUGCUUCUUGGYCACACCUCCGCCCUUUUCACUGUUGGGGGAGAAGCCCACCUGGUGGAGGCAGGGCGUGUGGCGAACCCGGGACAGUGGAUCCACCUGUGCGGAGCUUGGUCCUCUGAGCAGGGCCUGGCGACUCUGUGGGCCGACGGGCGCAAGGCGGCGUCCUCACCCGGGGUGGCUGAGGGCCACGUCUUGCCCGCCGGAGGCACGCUCCAGCUGGGGCAGGAGAGGAACGGCUGCUGCGGGAGCGGCGCCACGGGCUUCGAGGCCACGUUUGAUCCCGAGCUGGCGUUUGCUGGGAAGAUGACCGGGGUGAACGUGUGGGACAGGGUGCUCUCAGAGGAGGAAAUAUCCCAGCUGGCUUCGCAGCAAGGUCAGGGCUGUCAGCAGAAGGGGAGCACGGUAGCGUGGGGCGUGACGGAGAUGGUGCCGCACGGAGGGGCUCAAUUCAUCUACUGAUUCAUCCACUUUGUCAUCAUAUUCAACCCCUGCAUAAAAAUUAGUAAGAUUUCAAGCUGAAAUGGACACUUAAAGCGUAUUUUAUCAACAUUGUUACUAUCAUGUUUUAUCUGUUUGAUUACGAAAACGGGAAUUUUGUAAAUCCUUUUAUUAUAUUUUCGUGAAAACUAAAUAGGAAAAAGCCAAUGCUGUGAGAGAUUGCCGUUUUUAUAUAUAUAUAUAUAUAUUUUUUUUACAUAUCAUUUUAAAUUCUUUCCAUUACGCAAACACGUAAAUACUCUUACUUCCAGCUUAGAACAUUUGCAUUGUUCCAGGAAACAUGUCGUGAUCACCAUUCACAAAAACUUACUUAAAGCAGCUUCUAAGCCACUAAACAAAGWAAUGACCAAGACCAAGAUAAAGAGAAGGUCCCAGACAAGAAGGAGAGACAAUCUUUUGACUGUAGGAUGAUGUCAUUCCAUUUCCUUUUAAAGGUUUGUACAAAAAUGGUAAGUGCAAUUAGGCAGAAGAUUAAAACUCAUUUCUACACGUAUACAAAUAAAACAAAAGCAUUUGCUUUCCUUAGCCAUGUCAUUAUUACAUUGUUACAACUGCAAGCAAAUAAAACUCAAUAACCAAUCAUUGUUUUCCACUACAGUCAUAUACAUGUGAUACAUGCGUGAUUUAAAAAAUGCUGUACUUGCCUUUAUUCUAAGCACAAAAACUUUAAAUAAUCUGUUAUUGUUUUGUUAUGAUUUUUCUAAAUAUGUGAAAGAUUUCAACGCAUUUUUUAAUGUUACAAACCUUAAACUUAUUAAAGCUUUUACAUGAAUAUGUGACAUAAAGUUCAGUUUUUGUUCCAUUUAAUUGCAGGAUUAUAUGUAAAACUGUUUAUUCUAGAUGUGUUUUAAGAUUGUGAGGAAAAUGUUUACAUUCUCAUCUUGUAUUUCUAAUCUUGUAUAGCUAAGUUGUUUGUUUUGUACUGUAUAUUGUUACUGUUCAUGUGAAAAGAUAAAAAUGAAUGUAUUUUGUAUAUAAAUAUUUUUGCAUAGCAUAUAUGGGUGAAUGGAAAGCAAAGUAUGAAUAAACAUUUCAAGUUUAGGUAUUUA